AAUUGAGACACUGAUGUUAGAAUUUCAGUGGUAAUUUUUGGGGGAAAUUAAAUAGUUGCUGCCAAACAAUAUCUUAAUCAAACUAAAACCACUCGAAGGGAAAUAGUGGUAUAUGACUUAAAAUGUAAAAAUAAACACAAAAUAUAGCCUAAAGAGAAUUAAGAUGAAAAUAGAAUAGUAGCUCAGUUCGAUUAAACGAGUAGCAUUCGGAUUCUAAUAAAACUUUGAGCAACCAUUAUAUCUUGUUGUAAUGCGUUUGUUACAGUGGCAUGAUGCGUAAUUACAAAUCACAGUUAAUAUACAAUCUUUUUAUCUUUUUUUUAAUGACUCAAUAGAGCUACAUGGGUGAUGGGACAAAUUUAGACACUAUGCGCUGUUAAAGAGACAAUCGGAUCAGGUGAUGACUGCCCACUUAAGCAUCAGUGUUAUCACUUCAGAUCCAGGGGUUUCCUUCCCAGGGUACCAAGGGCUUUCCAUCCUCCACGCAGGAUAGAAAACGAGUUCCCACGCAUUUGUGGAGAUCCGCUGUGCCUCCAGCAACAGACUACUCCUCCAGGCAAAAAAUAAAAACACGGGUUUCGGUGACAGGCACCAUGCGCAAUGACUGACUCCGUGGUCGUAUCCAGGCGCUGCACAGAAAUUUAGUCCGCAUCAUUCCCUGACAGCUCCCUGAGAGAGAGGAGAGAGAGAAGCUGGGGCUGGAUUCUCAGACUGUGAUAGUGCAGCAUGACGGACACGGUGAUGAGCAGCAGCUCGGAUCGCUGGGUCUCCAACGACAGGCAGAGGACCAUGCACGCUGGUGAUAAAGACCAGGGCAACUGGACCAUGCAGCCAGGCCCUGGUCCUGGUCCAGACCUGACAGAUGAAGAGAAAGAGAUCAUAAACAGUGUGAUUGCCCGUGCUGAGAAAAUGGAGGCCAUGGAGCAGGAGAGAAUUGGACGCUUGAUAAACCGCCUGGACGACAUGAAGAAAACUGUGUGUGGGGAUGGGCAGUCCCGCUGUUUGCUAUGUGGGGAGCAGCUGGGUUCACCUGGGGUCAGCUCAGUGGUGUGUGAGGACUGCAAAAAGAACAUGUGUACCAAGUGUGGCACACAGUGCAGCAGUCGGCCACGCGCCGUGUGGCUAUGCAAGAUCUGCAGAGAACAGCGAGAGGUGUGGAAGAGGUCUGGUGCAUGGUUCUUCAAAGGUUUUCCGAAGCAUUUCCUGCCAUCGCCCAUGCCGUUAUCUAAAGUGGCAGGUGCCCAGGAGGCAGCAGCACCCAAGGAGAAAAAAGCCCCUGAGCCGGCACAGCCCAGCCAGGCAGUAACCCAACAACAAGCAGCACCAGAGCCACAGGGCCGUGCUGGUUACCCACCUGUGGCCCCUAAACCAUCAGUUGCUCGCAUGGCCACGGGCGGGGCUGGCCCUGAAGAGUCAGGGCAGGGCAGCCCAGUGGUGAUGAAGAAAAUGGUGCCGGUCCAGAGCUCCCGACCACAGCCUGCUGCUGCAGUCACCAUGGCCCAGCAGGGUCCAGCAGCAGGAGAUGGAGGCGCUUAUUCCUCUGCUGCAGUUCCUCCAGAGCAGAGAGCGCCUCCUGCAGCAAGAGAGGACAGGAGGCAGCCCGCUGCCUACAGUGCUCCUCCCGCCCGACAGCAACCUCCCCCAGCUGAGGAGGAGGAGGAGGCCAAUGACUAUGACUCCGAUGAAGCCACCACCCUGGGAUCUCUAGAGUUCAGUCUGCUCUAUGAACAGGAAAGCAACAGCCUCCACUGUAGCAUCCUCAAAGCAAAGGGACUGAAGCCCAUGGACUCAAAUGGACUGGCAGAUCCUUAUGUCAAACUUCAUCUGCUGCCUGGGGCUAGUAAGUCCAACAAGCUGCGCACAAAGACUUUGAGAAACACCCGCAACCCUGCGUGGAAUGAGACGCUCACCUACCAUGGCCUGACGGAUGACGACAUGCAGCGUAAGACUCUCAGGCUGUCUGUCUGUGAUGAAGACAAGUUCGGGCACAAUGAGUUUAUUGGGGAAACUCGAGUGGCGCUGAAGAAGCUGAAGAUGAACCAGAAGAAAAACUUCAACGUGUGUCUCGAGAGAGUUGUCCCGACAAAGAGAACUGCAACAGCUGGGGCAGCCAGAGGCAUCUCUCUCUACGAAGAUGAGACUGGGAAAGAAAGCGGCGAGGUAGAAGAGCGCGGCCGGAUUCUGAUCUCCCUCAUGUACAGCACCCAGCAGAACCGUCUCCUUGUGGGCGUCGUGCGCUGCGUUCACCUGGCUGCCAUGGAUGCUAAUGGCUACUCUGACCCAUAUGUCAAAAUAUGUCUGAAACCUGACAUGGGGAAGAAGGCCAAGUGCAAAACACAAAUUAAGAAGAGGACAUUAAACCCAGAAUUUAACGAGGAAUUUGGCUACGAAAUCAAACACAGUGAACUGGCCAAGAAGACUUUAGAUAUCUCCGUGUGGGAUUAUGACAUUGGGAAGUCCAACGACUACAUCGGUGGGUGUCAGCUGGGUAUCACUGCCAAGGGAGAGAGGCUGAAGCACUGGUAUGAGUGUCUGAAGAACAAGGACAAGAGGAUUGAGCGCUGGCACACCUUGUAUAAUGAGAAUCACACUGCUAGUGAUUAACCACUUGCCCCUUACACGUACAGCAUGAGCUAAAACCUCCCUACUUGGUUUGCAUUCAUCCCUAAUGCACUUUCUUUUCCACUUUAUUGUGUUAUCUAUUCUUUCACUACCUGACCAUCACACGGGCUUACUCGUGUCCUUUCCCCCGGUGGUAUACACUUCUUUCCUGUCCCCUUAUUAACAAUUCCUCUGCCUGUGCUGAUACUUAAUCUGCCUCUGGGACAAAUCAUGGCAUAAAUGAAUUAGAGAGUUCACUAAUGUAACCAAGACAUCUGCGAACGAGCAGCUGCACAAGGACCGUCAUGCCUGUCAGUGAUGUUAUAUAGUGUGCUGAAACAUUGCUAAAAAAAAGAAAAGAAUUGCACUGGCACAGAACUAGAAAAGCAAUAUGUUAUGGCAUCUGAGGUAAAAAACAACAACAACUUUGUUAAAAGUCAUAAAAGCCCUGAUUGGGCUCGUGCCUGAUAUUCAUUUGACAGUCAGGGCAUUUUUUUAUUUAUUUCUCGUGCGAUUACAUCAUGCUGUAGUGCAACACUUGAACUGUAUAAGCAUGCCAAGCCACAAUUAACACGCAGCUGCGCCUUCAGAUAUUUCAACUGUGCCCACUGUCCAAAACAUAUUGUAUAUUUCCAUGAAGAAAUGUUUACAUACUGAUACAUUGCUCAGGUUAGGAUAGACAUCUGAUAUACAGAUGAUUCAUAAGUCAGUGGACCAUGAGCUAGAUGAAUCUUUCAUCAGUUGCUGUUAAUUUGUGAUUUAAAAUUAUAGCACACCUAGUUAAACUUUAGGAGUUUAUGUAUAGUUAUUUAAGCUGUGAAUUAUAAUUUGUGGGAAGUAUUAGGUGUAUGAUUAGACAAACUGAAAAGUGAACAAAAGCUAUUAUUAUUCAGUUCUUUUCUUGGUUAAGGUGUGAAUUGGCAGGCUAAAGGAUUUUCCUCCUGCUACCUCUACUCUUCUGAAGCUCGUGGUUCUCUCUGACACCUUAGAGGUUUUCUACUGUAGUGUUUACACUGAAUGCACAUGGUCAGGUCUCCCGAACAAAUUUGGCUGCUCCGCUUGACAAGGAGAGAAGUUGGAAUAGGUUAUGUCAUAAGUAUGUGCAGCUUUACCUGCAUGCACUGUGCUUGUGACUCCGGCGUGACUGGGGCAGUCCGCUUUCACCCCAAAGCACCCUUUGCACAAAGCAGGGCUCCCUUUCCCCCGUCUGCCACGACCCCGAUCAUUCAAGGCUUUAGUGUGUGUUUGUUCACUAAUCACAGCAAACCAAGGAAAGCACACCUUACAAAGUGGAAUGACCUCAAUUUAUACAGCUGUUUGCAAGUUAUUCCAAUGUCAAAAUAAAGACAAAAACAAAAAAUCCUAUGCAUGACAUGUCUUGUGGUUCAAGAUAUAUAUACUUUGUAAGAAAUUAACGCUAUUGUAAUUCCAUCAAUGUUUACACUUCUUCCCCAUAACAUCCCUGUUAAUACUUUCUAUAAAAGAGGCCAUAUUCUGCAUGACUAUGGUGUAAUCUGAAUAUCUGAUAGCAUCCACAGGAUAAUCAACUGAGCACAUCAACAAAAUACUUUAUCCAACUCUAUCAGUAGCAGAUAUUGAGAUGAAACUCAUUCCUUGAAUGACACUUUCUGUACAUACACAUUUAGAUCUCUCCAGCAUCUUGUUUUCUCUGCACCCUGUGGCAGCGAUUCAAACACCCACAGUAGCAUCACAUGCUGUCCUAUGUUGUGCUACUUCAGAUGAUGAUCAACAUAAAAAUAUAAUCAGUAGUUUGUUUUAUAACAGGCUUCUCUCUCUCUCUGAGCUAAACCCAUAGCUUGAUUCUGCCAGUUCAGUGGAAUGUUUCUUGGUUUAUCUCUGUAUUUGUACAUAGAUAGUGCAUGCACUGGAAAAAUGUAUGUUUGCAAAUAACUUUGCAUGUAAAGAUUUUGCAGAGAGUUUACACAGAUCAAUAAAAUCUAAUGAAAGCUGA